ACAUAAUUAAAGACAGAUUGUGCUAACAAGUGGCACUUCAUAUUUUUAUUUUAAUAACUUUUAUUAUAUCGUAGUUAUAAGGUUACUGAUACCAUUCCUGAUAUUAAAACAUUAAAAUUACAGCACUGUACUGUGACAAUGUCGAAAAUAUAUAGAGCAUUGAUAUCAGCUACGGAUAAAUUUGUACCAUCUAAACUACGUCCGCUAUGGGAACAUGAAGCUGGUCCUAAAACUAUAUUCUUUUGGGCCCCAGCAUUUAAAUGGGGCUUGGUGAUAGCAGGUUUGGGUGAUCUAACUCGACCUGUCGAGACAUUGUCCAUACCCCAGUCUGUGUCUCUAGCGGCGACAGGAAUGAUUUGGUCGCGUUAUUCACUCGUUAUAACACCGAAAAACUACAGCUUAUUUGCAGUUAAUGUAUUUGUAGCGUUAACUAGUCUUUACCAAAUUGGCAGAGCUUAUAAACAUCAAUCUGCACAGAAAAAGGAAUGAGUUGUUUUGAAUUUAUCGGGUAGUAGAUAAUUGGGAAUAAAAAACUGUUUUUCGCUCACAUAGAACAUAGAUGAAAAUAAAUAUAGUUAAUUUAUGACUAGAAAAUUAUGCAACGACACAAGAAAUGUUAGAAUUUAAUUAUUGCACAUUUCAAAUAUAGUAAUGUUUAAAAAAAAUCGUAAAAUUUUAUAAUGGUGCUCU